AUGCGCGCCACACCACUUAAGAGGAAGAGGAAGGCGCCAAGAUGCACCCCCGAGUUGCUGGAAGAGCUUGUUCUAGAGAUUCUUUUUCGGUUGCCAGUCAAAUCCCUCCUGCGGUUCAAGUCUGUCAGCAAGGCCUGGUGCACAAUAAUCUCCGACCCCGUGUUCAUCCGGAGGCACCUUCCGUGCCAGAAACCCUCCUGGCUCAUCACUCCCCAUGCUUUGGACAGUAUUAUCGAAGGAGAGGACUGGCCAACCACCUUCUCAACCCAAAUUUGCUUCUACCGGUGGCAGCUAGACGUCCCAGAUACAAGACUGAUGCACACAACAGACUUUCCGGGCGAAUUCAGCUCGGUCUCUCACUUUGCCCAUUGUGAUGGUCUGGUGCUCGUCCCCACCAACACCAGGCUCUACCUCUUCAAUCCGGCCACCAAGGACACAAUGACGCUGCCUGAAAGUAGCCGCACCAAAAUGCAGUACAAACAUAUAUUCCUCCCAGUGGGGUUCGGUUUGGAUCAUCGCACUGGCAAGUACAAGGUGGUCAGGGUGUUCGUACGCUCUAAAGAUCCUCUCACAGAAGUGUACCGCAUGGGGAUGGAGGUGUUCACUGUUGGUGAGGCAAGUACUUCUUGGAGGGAAACCACUGCUGAUUUGUCCUACCCUGUUGUUGAGUGGAUUACCGGGAAAUUUGUAAACGGUGGAUUGUUUUGGCCCAUUAACAGCUACCAUCUUGAGCAUGAUCCAAAUGGCAUUGUCCGCUUCAGCCUAGAAGAUGAGACGUUCAGCGUCAUUCGUCUACCGGAUAUGUUGUCAUUGAACCGUAUGCUCGAUGAAUCCUUCUUGCUGGACGAGAUGCAGGGCGAGAUUUGCCUGACAGGUUUUACCAAGACUACGACGGAAGUGGCGGUCUGGAUAACUCAUCCUUCUUCACCCGUCGGUUUCCCUUUGGCUGGCCUUGCUGGCACUGAUAUAAGGGUGGGGAACGCCAUCUAUGGUUGA